AUGGCUAAGGCUUAUGAGAGUUUCCUAGCACAAAAGGCAAAAGAAGGUGUUAUAACUGAUCUAUUGUCCAAAACUGUGUUUUUCUAUUUACUGAGGGCUGCUAAGAUGACUGCAGAUAUGAAUAUUGGAAAAUUAGAUGAUCAGAUUCAUAAUUGUGUUGCAUCCAUCAUGGAUAUGCCUGAUGAUAUCAUUGAAGAUAUCUUAAUAAGGCUACCUUUGAAGGUAAUUUUUGUUUGCAUGCGUGUGUGCAAGCAUUGGCAUCAUUUGAUCCUAAGUGCUGAGUUUGCUGAGAUGCACUUUGCAAAGCAGGAAGUGGGUUUACUACUUAAUAGUAUCAAUGAUGAUUUAGGUGUUCCUAAGAUUUGGUAUCUUGUUGAUCAAUCUGAAAUGGGCACUUUCCAUGAAUGUGAUGAAAACCUUCACAUAUGCCCCGAUUUCCCUUUGAGGCUACCAUGGCGCGAUCCAGGAGUUGCCGCUAUUAAUUUGGGGCUGACAGAUGAUAGAUUCAGAGUAGUCAAUUCCUACAAUGGGUUUAUUUGUUUCACUGAUUCAAACUACGAGCCUAUAGUUGUAUGCAAUCCUGUUACCAAAGAAUUAGUACAUAUUCCAGCGGGCAAGGAGCCUGUUAGAGACUUUGUUGAUUGUGGAUUUGGUUUCUGUCCAACCACCAAAGAGCUAAAGGUGAUCAGGAUUUCAUAUGCAAUGGUAAGGGUAUCACCGAGUCCCUGGACAACUCACCAAAAUUCAAAUAAAAGGAGGUGGGAUGGCAUGGUAUGCAGAAGGAUAGCUGCAGUACAUACCCUUGGAACCCAAUCUUGGCACGAUGUUGGCUACGCACCCUCAUAUGAUGGUAGGCUAACAUUCCCAACUUGUCUGCAUGGGAACCUGCAUUGGUUUUAUUCUUAUGAGAGCUGUCGUAGAAUUCUCUCAUUCAACUUUACAGAAGAGAGCUUCCAGAAAUUCCCAACACCACCAUCAAGCGGCAGUGAGCGUUUUGAUAGCACAAAAACACUUAUGAGCAUGGGUGUACUGAAUGAUAAUCUCUGCUUAAGCCUUGUUGAUGAUGAUCAUGCUACUGUAUGGAUAAUGGAGAUAUAUGGUGUCAAAGAAUCUUGGAGCAAAUUUGUUAAGUUCAAGAUGACAGAAACGGGUUUUGACAUUGUCUGCCAACCAAUUGACUACUUGAAAUGUGGAUCGCUGCUGAUGUUUCACUACUCGAAGUUUCUCAUCAUACAUUACAAUGUAGAAACCAAUAAAUGGGAAUGUCUUAAAGUUGGUGACAGUAAUUCAAAAUUUCAAGCAGUGACUCUUGUUCCAAGUUUUCUCUCGCUGAAAGAAGCUUUACAAGGAAAUGGAGAAAGAGCGCUGAACAUCCACUCACGGUGCAGCGGGGUUGAACUACAAGGGGGAGCUAAAAGGAUUCACAUAGCAGAAGAAGAUAGAGAAAAUUCACCUUCUGGCAGCUCAGCUCUUAAUAAGGAAUCAGCCUUAGAACUGGUUUUAAAACUGAGCUAG